AUGGAGGUCUACAUCGACGACAUGCGGGUCAAGUCCCUGGAGGCGGAUGACCACAUAUCUCACCUACAGAAGGCCUUCUCCACCCUCCGGAAGUAUAACAUGAAGCUCAACCUAGCUAAAUGCUCAUUCGGGUUGGUCCUCCACAAACCCAAAGUCCUCGGACGGCUAGCCAAAUGGGCUGUGGAACUAGGGGAGUACGACGUAAUAUUUUUACCUGCCACGGCUAUAAAGUCACAGGUCCUAGCGGACUUCGUGGCUGAAUUCUCCCCUGCCUUACUCCCAGCUUUGGAGCAAGACGUACGCCUCCGAGGCGAAACUAAGAAAGAGGGAGAAUGGAUCCUGCACGUUGAUGGGUCAAGCAACGUUAGAGGAGCUGGAGUAGGAAUAAUGCUUACCUCGCCGACGGGGAACACAGCCUCAAGGGCCGUGAGAUGCAACUUCAAAGUGACCAACAACGAAAGCGAGUACGAGGCCCUAAUCGCAGGUCUAACUCUCGCCCACCAAAUGGGGGCAGAAAACAUCCAGGUCUUUGGCGACUCCCAGCUGAUAAUCAACCUGGUACAAGGAGAAUACCAAGCAAAAGACGACAGCAUGAUCCAAUAUCUGACAGUCGCCCAGCGACUGAUCAAGAAGUUCAAGAGCUGCAAGCUUACUCAAAUCCCCCGGGAACAAAACUCGCAAGCCGAUACCCUGGCUAAUCUGGGGUCCACCCUCGAAACGAAUAGCCAGAUGAGUAUACCCUUGCUUGUACUUCAAUGGCCAGGCACCCUGGAGGAACCCCCGUCAGAGGAGGUCUCCGCUGUCGAAGAAGGCGAAACCUGGAUGAACCCCCUAGUCCGGUACCUGGAGGCCGACAUUCUCCCGGAAGAUCGCAACGAGGCCAGGAAAAUUAAGAAGCAAGCCGCGAGGUACUGUAUCUCCCAAGAGAAGUUGUACCGGAGAUCCUUCUCUGGCCCAUACCUAAGCGGAAGAACCCUGGUGCUCAGAGCCAGAAGGGCGAGUUCUUACUGGCCCACGAUAGCCGCCGACGCCGAGCAGCAAGCCAAACACUACGACCAGUGUCAGAGGCACGCUCCAGUCUCCAAGCUUCCCCCGGAGAACCUCAAGUCCAUAAGCUCACCAUGGCCCUUAAGAAAGUGGGGCAUGGACAUAGUAGGUAAAUUCCCUAUGGCGCCGGGGCAGAAGGUCUUCCUUCUGAUAGUCACUGACUACUUCUCCAAAUGGGUUGAAGCAGAAGCACUCAGCCGCAUAACAGACCUCCAGAUCCGUAAAUUCUUGUGGACCUACGUAAUCACUCGCUUCGAGGUCCCCCACGAGAUCGUCAACGACAAUGGACCCCAGUUCACGAGCCACAACUUCAAGGAGUUCUGCAAGGACUGGGGCAUAAAGAUCACUUUCGCCACACCCCGACACCCCCAGUCUAAUGGACAAGCCGAGCCUACAAGCAAAACCGUGUGGGCGGAAGAGCUACACGGAGUCCUCUGGGCUUGCCGGACCACUCGCAAAACAUCAACAGGGGAAACUACCUACUCGCUGGUCUACGGCUCUGAGGCCAUUGUACCCACAGUGAUGCACGUGAGAACAACGGUCUCCAGGUCAACCUCUCAGGAGGAGAACAAUGAGCUGAUGGCGCAAAGCCUCGACCUACUCGACAAAAAAGGAGAGGCCGCUCGGCUAAGAAACUUGCCCUACCAGCAAGACGUCGCCAGGACGUACAACAAGAAAGUCAGAACCAGGACCUUCCAGCAAGGGAAUUGGGUUAUAUGA